AUUUCCUAAUUUCAAUUUAGGAUGUCAGAAAACAUGGCAGUUCCUAAAGUAGGGGUUUCUCAAUGGUUAGAACAAAUAAAGAAUACACAAAAGCAUGGAGAAGAACAGGGCAUAUUAUCUCUUGUGCAUCCAUACAUCUUCACCAUACCAGAGUCCCUGCGUACUGAAAGGCCAGAAGCUUAUGUGCCACAGGUAGUUUCUCUUGGACCUUACCAUCAUCUUAAACUUGAACUGUUCGAGUCUGAAAGAUACAAGUCUAAGCUUACUGUCCAAGUUGAAAAAAAAGCAAAGCGAGGGACUUUUGAGGAUUUGGUUAAAUAUCUAGUUAGUAUUGGAGGGGAGAUAAGGAACAGCUAUAAUAAUCUAAUUGAGUGUGACAAUGAGGUAUUAGGGUGGAUGAUGGCCCGAGACGCUGUGUUUAUUUUGGAGUUUAUUGGCUGUUAUGACCAAUAUGAAAGCCCUAGAAUUCAACAGUCAAACCCUUAUUUUCAGAAUAUGGAAGCUGUUUUUCAUCCACAGAGGAAGAGCCCUUUGUUCUUCCCACUUCAGGCUGACAUUUUUAAGCUGGAGAAUCAAAUCCCACUUUUCAUUUUGAAAAAGGUUUUGGAAUGGCAGACAGGUUCUGAAAGUGAAGCCUUAAACAGGCUUAAUAUGACAAUUUCAAGUACCUGUAAAAAGUUCUCCCCUUUCAGGCAUGUUGGAGAUUCUAAUCGUUCUUCUACACGAGAAUGCUACAAUGAUUUGCUUGAUGAAAGGCAUAUACUGGAAUGCCUUUAUAAUUUCAUCGUGCCGAAGACAAAUCCUGCUCAGACUAGUAUACCCAUUGGAGAUGAUCAUAUCAGAAUUGUACUUAGGAGUACCGUUUCUCAGUUUCUUCAUCAGAUCACAUCAAGAUUUAGGGGACUUUUGUCUCCAAAAUCCCAUAAAGCUGACAUAAAUCUCCCUUCGGCAACAGAAUUACACAGGAAAGGGGUGAAAUUUUCUCCAAUCACCUGGGCAUCUGAAGAGAUAAGGUUUGAUAGAGCCAGCUCUACAUUAUUCCUUCCUUGUAUAGAGAUGGAUUACAGGACAGAUGUUUUCUUGAGGAAUAUGGUGGCACUGGAAGCAUUCAUGAAGUGCAAAACUAGAAUGUUUACUUGCUAUGUAGACCUGAUGGACAGAUUGGUCGACACUCCUAGUGAUGUUGCAGUACUGAAGAAAUGUGGUAUCAUGCAUAGUAGUUUAGGAAGUGAUAAAGAGGUAAGCAUUCUAUGGAAUGUUAUCCGCAGAUCAAUAUGGAGGAGCCCAUAUGAUCCUAUCGACAAUACAAUCAAAGCUGUAAAUGAAUAUUACAGAAGUAGGUAUGGAGUUUUAUUUGGUGAACUCUUACAGGAACAUUUCUCAAAGCCAUGGCGAGCUGCAUCAGUUAUGGGAGCAUGCAUUUUGCUCACUCUUGCAUUUUGCUCACUCUGACUUUCGUGCAGACAUUAUUCUCAUAUUUCCAACUUCAGCAAAAAAUGUGAACACAACUGCACAUAAAUUCCCUUUACAGUAUUUCAUGUCUGAGGCUUCAAUUCCUACUUUCUAUAAUAUAUUCCCGGUUUUGAGUUCAAGGAACAUCCCAGUUUUGUCUAGGUGAUGAAUGCCAUAAAGAUUCAUAUAUAAUAAUUCAUUUUUCUGUGUGAA